AUGAGCAGGGAAGAUGGGGUAGGAACUAUUUCAGCCCUGCUUUCUCCCUGCGAUGAGCAGGGAGCAGGGAGCUUGGAGCAGCAGCAGGUGGUGAGAGAGGAGGAGGAAGAAGCGGUGAGUGGUGGAGGGCAGUGUGGGGGAGGCACGAGACUGAAGCGGGCAGGGGAAUGGCUUCUGCAGGCGGACUUGACCUCCCCUGCGUAUGGCGCAGCUGAGGGUGGGGGGGCUGGGGGAGGGAAGGCUGGGGGAGGGAAGGCCGCGGGUGGGGUGGCUGGGGGUGGCUGGAGCUUGGUCGAGCGAGUCGCGGAUAGUGUCAACUUUCGCAAGGCCCUCUGCCAGCGUCGUCGCCGUGACCUGAGCACGGCCCUUCUCCUCUCGUUCGUCCUGCUCUCGUCUCUCCACGCGGCGAUGGCCUUCCGAUUCUCCGCGGGGCUCCGCGCGGACAAGCUGCGCGGGAUGAUGCGCGGAUGGGCGCAAGGCGGACGCUCGACCGGCCAGCAGCAACAACAGAGCACCGGAACGAGCGGAGGCGGAAUGGGCGGCAGCGGAAUGGGCGGCGGCGGAAUGGGCGGCGGCGUAAUUGGCGGGGGCCGAAUGGGCGGCGGCAUGGGCGGCGGCGGCAUGGGCGGCGGCGGAAUGGGCGGCGGCGGGAUGGGUGGCGGAAUGGGCGGCGGCGGUAUGGGCGGCGGCGGAAUGGGCGGCGGCGGGAUGGGUGGCGGAAUGGGCGGCGGUGGCAUGGGUGGCGGCGGAACGGGCGGCGGCGGAAAUGGCGGCGGCGGAAUGGGCGGCGGCAUGGGCGGACCCGGUUCCUCUGCUCCCAGAUCUCAGUCAGCCAUGGGUCCUGGGGGGAACAUGGGCGGCGGCGGAAUAAGUGGCGGCGGAAUGGGCGGCGGCGGAAUGGGUGGCGGCGGAAUCGGUGGCGGUGGAAUGGGCGGCGGCGGAAUGGGUGGUGGCGGAAUGGGUGGCGGUGGAAUGGGUGGCGGCGGGAUGGGCGGCAGCGGAUUGAGUGGCGGCGGAAUGGGCGGCGGCGGAAUGGGCGGCGGCAUGGGCGGACCUGGGUCCUCUGCUCCCGGGUCACAAUCAGCAAUGGGUCCUGGGGGAGGCAUGGUCGGAGGCAUGGGCGGCGGAGGCAUGGGCGGCGGCGGCAUGGGCGGAGGCGGCAUGGGUGGUAGCGGAACAGGCGGCGGUGGCAUGGGAGGGGGCAUGGGUGGACCUGGUUCCUCUGCUCCCGGAUCACAAGCAGCCAUGGGUCCUGGGGAAGGCAUGCGCGGCGGGGGUAUGGGCGGCGGAGGCAUGGGCGGCGGAGGCAUGGGCGGCGGAGGCAUGGGCGGCGGAGGCAUGGGCGGCGAAGGCAUGGGCAGCGGCGGCACGGGCAGCGGAGGCAUGGGCGGGUCAGGGUGGGUUGCUCCAGGGUCGCAGGCAGCACCCGGCCAGGGUGGACCUGGGAUGGGCGGAGGGAUGGGCGGAGGGAUGGGCGGAGGGAUGGGUGGAGGGAUGGGUGGAGGGAUGGGUGGAGGGAUGGGUGGAAGGAUGGGUGGAGGGAUGGGUGGAGGGAUGGGUGGAGGGAUGCGAGGGCCUGGGGCAAACAUGGGAGGCGGCAUGGGCGGACCACAGUAG